CACCGCUAAGCUACGGGAGGGGGGGAACCAAACUGGCGAGAGGCGAGUAUGGAGUAUUUCAUGGUACCAGCUCAGAAGGUGCCCUCUUUGCAACAUUUCAGGAAAACGGAGAAAGAAGUGAUUGGAGGUCUUUGCAGUCUGGCCAACAUUCCUUUGACCCCAGAAACAGCCCGAGACCAAGAGAGGCGAAUUCGCAGAGAGAUUGCCAACAGCAACGAGCGUCGGCGUAUGCAGAGCAUCAAUGCUGGAUUCCAGUCACUUAAAACACUCAUCCCACACAGCGAUGGAGAGAAGCUCAGUAAGGCUGCCAUCUUGCAACAAACAGCAGAGUACAUUUUUACUUUGGAGCAGGAGAAGACGCGGCUAUUGCAGCAGAACAGUCAGCUCAAACGAAUCAUACAAGAGUUAAGUGGUUCUUCCCCUAAGAGGAGGCGUGCAGAGGAGAAAGAUGAAGGCAUUGGCUCACCAGACAUCCUGGAGGAGGAGAAGUCUGAUGACUUGAGGAGGGAGAUGAUUGAGUUAAGGCAGCAGUUGGAGAAAGAGCGCUCGGUCAGGAUGAUCCUGGAAGAUCAGUUGCGUUCCCUGGAUGCCCAGUUGUACCCAGAGAAACUGAAGUCGAUAACCCAGCAGGUCCAGGAAGAGCAGGCCCCAACACAGGGCCUUGUUCAUCUGCAGCAGCACAAGCAGCUGGAGAGGGACCUUACUCCAGCUCACAGCCCACAGGUGUUGGCCCCUGCUACGCCCCCUGCGCCUACACACCAUGCUACGGUCAUCGUACCUGCACCUGUCCAGCCCCCCCUACCACAUCAUGUCACUGUGGUAACCAUGGGCCCGACAUCUGUUAUCAAUACAGUGUCCACAUCUCGACAGAACCUGGACACCAUUGUUCAAGCAAUCCAGCACAUCGAGGGCACCCAGGGGAAGGGUUGCGUCGGCGAGGACGAGCAACGGAGGGCGGUCAUCGUCACUUCAGGGCGUGUCCUCUCUGAGGCAGCGGGCUCAGACACAGCCUCAAACAGCGACGGGCCUGAUGACUGUUCACUGCCCUGAGUUCAUCCCUGACGUCUUGCACGCCGUAUACUUGCGUACACGCACACACUUACACACACGAAAGGCCCAAGCUAACUAGGGCUAGGAGAGGCUACAAACCCACAGCACUUUUGUUCAGUGGACAAUAGGGCUGGUAGACCGAUUGAAGCACUCGUUUUAUUUCUCUUCAGUACACACUCGUGUUGUACCGCGAUAGGCAGCCUGAAUAGGUUUACACUUAGACACUCAUACAUGCAGUCUCUUCUGUGUCUUUUCUCUGCUUAUAUCUUGCCCCCAGGUCUCACUCACACAAACUCAUGUUUAUUAAUCUAUAGAAAGGUUAUUACAGCGACUACUGAUCUAUAACUGUCUGUCAUAGUUGAUACUAUAAUUUCAUGUCUGCUCAACAUCACCCUUAUUGAGCCAGGAUGGUUGUCUUUAUUCGGCCCUGAAGCCACACAACUGGUCCACAAAACAGGAGGCAAAGUCAGUGAAGAGCCCAGCAGUGUGGCGUCAUCACCACCCAACACCAGAGUAUUUCCGAUUAAGAUAAACAUACUUUAAACCUCCUCCUCUGGGCUUCUUGGAGAGACACUGUGAGCUAACAGGACUGUCUCGCCUUUUUUCAGGCUGCUGGAUGAAAGAAUGUUAUUUCACUCUUAUUUCAUAUUUUGUUUCUUUAAGGCUCCCUCAGCCAGCAAGUUAAAGUGAUUUGUACUGGGGAAAAGAAACAAAAAAAGCACCACAACAACAGAAAUUUAAAAGCUUGUUUUCAUGGCUGACUGGCGCUCACAGGAAAUGAAGCAAAGCUCGGGAGGAAAGAGUGGGUUUACUGCUUCACAACUCUAUUCUUUUGUUUUGUUUGUUUGUUGCCAUUUUUUACUGGGCUGGGUUCCCAGUAAUCCCAUAUAUGUAUUUGGCAUGUUUCACUCAUGACCUGACAAAAAAAAAAAUCAGUGCUUUGACAUUUCUUUAUUCCCUCCCCUCUUGAAUACAAAAGCACCUGGCUUGUUAAAUAAGCAAAUCUGUGGGCACUCCUGAGUGAUUUCCACGGGGGUGUGUGUGUGUGUGUGUGUCCCUUUUCAGCAGGGCUUAGCGGUGUCCCAGACUCUGGCAGUCUGCAACAGCACUGCUUUUGCCUUGAAAUGAAGUCGCACAGCACUCGCACAUACAAAUACAACUGACAUACAAUCACUCAUUUGCUCAAUCUCAAGGGCUGGUUUUAUUGAGCCCUAAAAGUGUAGUUUAUUGUCCAAAUGUUAGGACAUCUUAUCAAAUAGAAAGAAAAUGCCCUGUGAGAUAGUUUGAAUGUGCCACGGAGGUGACUGGGUUGGCCCCACAUGCUCUAUGCAUUUCCUUACAUAGAUAAUUUUUGUCCUUUUUGUGUGCUCUUUUCGUUAGUGUACCAUGCUAUAUACAUGUUUUGUUUAGCUCAUACUUUAAAAUGCGGUUUUCCACCUGGACCUGUUUGUUGACAGACAUACAUUAAGACAUGUAGCUGAGAGAGGCAGCAGCUAGCCUUACUAAAAGCCUGGAGGUGCAGGGUGGCACUGUGAAGCCAGCCUUAACACAGCCCUGGGGUCUGAGAGACGUACCUCAACACUUGAUCUGGGCUGUUUGUUUGGUGGCCAGUGGAAUCCUAUUUUUCCAAACAGUCCCGUAAACACACAGAGUGUGUUAGAACAUAUAUUCCCAGUCAUUGUCUAUUUCACUUAUGUUUGUUUAUUUUUUAAUAUUAGCCUAAAAAUUGAACAGGUUGCUGGAAUACUAAUUACAUUCAAGCACUCCUAAUAUUCCCCCCCCCAAAGUAUUCAAAAUGAAUGCCGACUUAAGGUUGAUUUACAUGUAGAUUUGAACAGUUUGGCCCCUUCGUGUGCACUAUUAAAGCCAGAUGUGUGUGUGUGUGUGUCUGGAGGGAGGGGCUUCCACAAUGAAAUGUUGACAUUCCAUAAAGUUUAACUCAUCUCUUCAGGUUACUUUUUUUUUUUUCAAGUUAAACCUGGUUUAAAUAGAGAUUACAUUUAGAGCUUUUGACACAUCACUGCUAUUUUAUAUUAUUUUUAUAAAUACAUUUAGUGACAAACUCAUUAGAAUCUCCUGCAUCAAUGCAUAGAUGGAGCUUUGAACUGCUGGACAGAUACUGUGUUCAAUUGAACACACCUCAUCUAUCAUGAUUUAUGUCAUGGAAUUGCCCUUUAAACAAAUAUCGAUGUCAGCUGCACUGAAAUGAGUGACGUCAAAUUAAAUCAUGGGACCUUUUCCCUAAUACUCGUCACUAUAGGAAGGGGAUUCCUGGAUAUUGAAAAUGUGGUUUGCAAGCUCUGCUUUUUGUAGAGCCCUUUCUUUUUCCUCUGAGUAUCUGCAUUUGAUAGUUUUCUGCUGAAUCCCAGAACUGUUUCAUUGCCGUCUGUGUUUUACAGUCUGUUCUGUGUGUUAGGAAUCAUUACGUGGACAUAUCAAAUUGUCAGAUGAGUGGGGUGGGCCUGGGGUUCAUUAAAUGGGGUCAGGAUUGCAAAGCACUUACUGUAAUAUAUUGGAGUACGCCUGUUUCUUGUUUAUAAAGGGGCAUCUCCUCAGCUGAAGCUCUUGAGGGUUAUGAGUGAAAACCGCACAGCUGUGUAUCUCCCUUUUCCUCCAUGUCCGGUCCUCCUACAUCUUGUCCUGUUUGCCCCUUGCAUCUUCUUCUUGUUUUCUUGUUUUAUGCUGUCUUUGUUUGUCUAUUGUCAGUAUCUCUUGUCCCCCAUCACAUUUUGAAGCUCCCUCCUCUUCCUGUCCUUACGUCUGUAUCUUUUUGUGUUAGACCUGUUGGUGCAUAUAUGGUCAUCGAGAAGCUAUUUUCUUUUGUUGUUGUUUUUUUUUUAAAGAGGAAUGUUUUGGGGAUAAAGAGGCUUGUGCCUUUGUAAAGACAGAAUAAUAAAGUUUGUACUUUGUUUUUUAA